GCUUCUAAAGCAAUAAGAAAGCAAACCCCACAAACCCUCUUCUUCUCCCUUUGUGUCCCUAAGACACACACAACACAAGUAGACAAACACAAAGGAACAAAUAAAGAGGUUAUUGAGAAACAUGGAGAGUAGUGACACUUGCUCUGCCCCACUUUCUCACUCUCCCACAUCCUCUUCUUCCUCACCCCCCACAGUUGUGAUGAGCCCUUGUGCUGCAUGCAAGAUUUUGAGGAGAAGAUGUGCUGACAAAUGUGUUUUGGCACCUUAUUUCCCUCCCACUGAACCUUCCAAGUUCACCAUUGCACACCGUGUAUUUGGUGCCAGCAACAUCAUCAAGUUCCUACAGGAACUUCCAGAGUCGCAGAGAGCUGAUGCAGUGACCAGCAUGGUUUAUGAGGCUAGUGCAAGAAUAAGGGACCCUGUUUAUGGCUGUGCAGGAGCAAUUUGCCAGCUCCAAAAGCAGGUGAAUGAACUUCAAGCACAAUUAGCCAAGGCACAAGCUGAGCUUGUAAACAUGCAAUUUCAGCAAGCCAAUCUUGUGGCUCUAAUUUGCAUGGAAAUGGCACAGAGCCCACAACAGGAAUCACCACAACAAUCAGUGGAUAAUAUUGUCAUUUCAACUCCUCCCCACAGUGGUGGCUAUCAAAGUGGCAUGAACUUCUUAAUUGAGGAGAACACUAGCCUAAACUCACUAUGGGAGCCUCUUUGGACUUGAAGGAGAAUCAUAUCAAUAUUAAUUAAAUAUAGCAUAUAGAUAGACAUUCAGAAAGUGUUCCAAUGAUUGUCUCCUAAGGAGAAGUUGAAGGAAUCAAUUAGAACUAAUAAAAUUUAAUUCAUAGCUAGGAUUUAUCAUUUAUGCAAUUAGGUUAAUUUCUUGCAUGUGGAAAAAUUUGGAGGGAAGAAUGUGAUAAUUUGGUAUCUAGUAUAAGAAGGUCCUACAUAUUCUUGUUGAUCAAAUUUGCUUCCUAAUUAACUAGGAGAUGUAUUCACUUGUGAUCUCUCCAACUUGAAACACCAAAAGAGCUCAGGAAAACAUGAUCCUAAAAGUUGUAGAUGGUGUUUUACUCGUGUAGUCUUUGCAAUUGAAGAGAAAGGAAAAUGUUAUGUUAUAAUAAGAGUCUUUAUUUACGGUGCUA